CCGAUAUGACGUCUUUGUCCUUCCUAUGUUACUCUAUGGUCUAUGUUGGUGCCGAUAUCACGUUUUCUUCCCGCGUGGUGGUGAGGGAUCUUUUUUUCCCAACCGGUGCUACCAAUUUUUCAUCAUCUAGUCCCAGGAUCCUCCCGGUAUCUUGCAGUAGACGUCCCUCUUUUCUUUUAAAUAUCGUUUUCUAUUCUAUUCUUUGUUCUCGAAUCCGAAUUUCUGGCAUUACGAAAUAAACACUGUUGAAAUUCAUUUUGGCUUGUGAAACAUCCGACCUCGUUGACUCUUUUCCAGCUCCGUCCGUCGGUCCGCAUCGCAAAUUUCUUACCACCCCUCACAUUAUCGGACCCUGCCAUCCUUGUCAUUUUAUCUAGCUUAGAGGCCGAUCCCUAUUUUGUUCCAAUCGAUAUGACUUAGUGUGCGUGUGGAGGACCAUCAUUGCGUUAUGCACACUAAGCAGACGAACAGACUGGUUCCUCCGUUGGUCACAUCGUGGAAACGUCCAAACUUCCAGUGCCCAUGUAUAAAUAGAUAUUCAGCUGUCGUCACAUUGUAACAUCGUUGGCCUUAUCUCAAAUACCUAGCACCGUUGGGUAGGAAAUGAAACUUUGCCCGUGCUUUCAGCAUAUGUAACAUAUGUAAUGAAUAGCAAGUCUACCCCACGAUCGAAUCAUCGAUAUUGCGUGUAAGGCUAGUUCGAUUAGACCGGAUCUGCGGUGUAAGACUACAUAACCCUACUACAUAACCCUAAACCCUGCAGCUGUCGGUCGAUUGCAUGAUUGUAUACGUAAGGUACGCUCCUUGCU